AUGGCUGCCAUCAACUCCGUCGUCGCCCGCGAGGCCCUUGUUCAGCUCGCGAAGCGCAAGAACUUUGCUUCGAAGAACCCUGGUGUCAUCCUCGUCUUCUGCAUUGUCUUCAUUGUUGCUGUUGGCCUGCUCGCUCUCUGGCUCCACAAGUUCCUCGCCAGGAGGAGGGCCGCCCGUGCCGCCCACGUCGUAUAA